UAGCUUGCUAAAUGUUUCCAUGGUAUCUGUCUACCCCUACAGAUUAAAGGCGUGAGUGUGUCAAUGAGUCAAUUUUAAGGUUCUGUUCACUUAGUUGUAAUAAGUGUAUGUUUUUAAUUUUUUUAAUACGAAUUCACAGAGUUCAAGGUCAAAUCACUGCCUAUGUACAAAACUUGUUUAGUGAUUAGACAUGCUUACAGCGAUAAGGUUUGUUGCAAUACAAAAGAUAUAGAAGACCAGCAACAUUUUAAACAAUGACAAAGGCAUCACAGCUGCCUCGGCUGGUGCUGUACCAUGCGGAAGCCAGCCCGCCCUCCUGCGCUGUCAGGAUGCUGGGACACAUCCUCGACCUGGACUUCCACUACAAGCAGCCUAAACUCCUGCUGCUUGAACAUAAAACACCUCAAUUUAAGAAGAUAAAUCCAAUGGGAACGAUACCCGUGUUGCAAGAUGGAGAUUUCAUAGUUUCAGAGAGCCACGCAAUAAUGCAGUACUUGUGUGGUCUCGGCGGCGAGCGCGGCGCGCGGCUCUACCCCCGCGAGGAGCGUGCGCGCGCCAUACUGCACCAGUGCAUGUACUUUGACGCCGCUGUCAUGUUUAACACCGUUAAAUCCGUUGCUCUGCCGACAUUACUGCACGGUAUGAAAGGUGCGACAGAGAAACAUUUGCAGAGUAUAGAGGAAUGUUACUCGGUGACGGAGGCGUACCUCCGGCAGCCCUACAUGGUGGGAGACCACCUCACCCUCGCAGACCUCUCACUCAGCACCACAGUCGCCGCUACCAAUAUCAUACACGAGUUAAACUCUAACAGAUUUCCUCGCACCGCAGACUGGAUGAAUAGAAUGUCGCAAGAAGAUUUCUAUAAGAAAAUAACAAAACCAGGAAUGGAUUUACUAAAGAAAAUGUUGUAUAAGCGCUGGGAAAGAAAUGUGUUUUAGUUAAUUUUUCGUUAAUAAGCUUUAGUUUUAGCUUAAUUAGAAUUUCAAUGUGAAGAUUUGUAUAGUACAAUUUGUUUAACAUGUAAA